CGUGUCCAACGCAUGUUUUGUCGUGGUGCUUAUGGCUUGAGUUGUCCUUUCCUAAACAUCAACACCGUCAGAACAGGUUUGGAACAUUCCAUCCUACGUUAGUGUCCACUGAAGUUAGAAGCAGUUUAUGCUGCCACGAUGAAUUCGAUCAAUUGUAGCAGCUCAGCCGGGCGAACGAAUUCCUUAGCGCUUUCGGGGGCCUCAAGCAUCGUUUCCUUGCCAAGCACCAGCGGACGCCGCGCUUAUGGCGAGCUGUGUGUAGAGCGUAUGUGCCCUAUGCGUCUACACACGGCUAGGCAUGUCAUGGCGCGCGCAGCGGGCAAGCGAACAGCGACGACAGUUUCGAGUAGCCUUGUGGCUGUGCUUAAGGACGAGAUCAAGUAUGAGCGGGAGUCAUAUCGACGUGAUGAGUUUCUCACUCAAGGCCCGCCAUGUAACUUUGAGCUACAAGACGCAAAAGGGACAGCUGCAUUCUUGCUUACAAAGCAAUUCAAGGACGAGGAGAUCACUGUCCGCGUCAAUCUGGACCAGGGGGACGAAUCUGAGGAGGGGGAGGAUGCAGCUGAGCUGUUCGGAGGCGGCGACGACGAUGAAGACGAGGAGGAGGCGCCCGUCGAUUUCAUGGUUACGAUUGAGAGGGACGGAACCGACGUUCUUGUCUUCGAGUGCGAAAGCAACGGCGAGUACUUGACCAUAAAACGUGUUGCAAUGCACAAUUUAUUAGAGGAAGAGGGAGGGGUACCACCCUACCGCGGGCCCGCCUUCAACGACCUCGAUGACACCCUGCAGCAGGCGUUUGUCGACUUCCUUGAAGAGCGGGGUGUGAACGCGGUACUAGGGUGGUACAUCCGCACCUACAUGGCUGACAAAACCGCGCUAGAAUACCAGCAAUGGCUUGCGCGGGUACGGGAUUUCGUUGGGCAAUGAGAGGUGGAAUGGGAGCGGGCCGCUGGAACACGUUGCCCUCGGCUUUGACUUUGCUUUGACUGGUGGCUUGCAGCUCGAUGUAUGAUCCGGUACGGGGCAUGGGCGUGCGAGUAAACGCUAUCGAGCAGUGGUUAAACCCAUCCUAACCCUUUCUGGUGUUGGCUUACCUACCAACCAACACAUAUCAUGUAACGCUGUGCGCAGCUGUCUAUUUAGAACGCAUCUUCCGUCCGUUCUCUUCAUCCUCUAUCUGGCCGAAUCGCCAUGUCCUCUACGGGCCAUGUCCAC